CACUCCACCACUUCCAUUUCCAUUGAUGGAGAGAAAGCUAGUACAAGUCUCCGACCAAGAGGUCCGUAUAGACUUCGCACUCAACUGCAAAUGCCGCGCUACGGUCCGCCUCACCUCCCUAUGCGCCACCUCUCCCGUUGCUUUCAAAAUCCAGACCUCUUCCCCUCAAAAAUUCAUGGUUAACCCCCCAACCGGGCUCAUCCCUCCCUUAUCCUCCGCCACUUUCCAAGUCAUCCUCAAGCCUCAACCCCAACUCCCUCACUAUUACCCUCGCUCCCCUUCCGAUCGCUUCCUCAUCAAGACCGCUCUCUUCCCCACCGCUGCAUCUUCACCGCCGCGGCAAAAUUCCGACUCCGUCAACUCCUGGUUCGCUUCCAGGCCAAAUGUAUCGACUGAGGACCAUAAGCUUAAGGUCGCGUUUGUUGGCCCCGUUCUGCUCCGCCAUGCUAUCUCCUGCGGAGACUGCGACUCCGCCAGGAACUUGAUCAAGCGGCAGAAAUCGGUCCUGGCAGGGUUUUCGGCCAAGGAGUCUGAGUCGAUCCUACGAGUCGCAACCGAGUUGGCUGAUCCGGAGGGUAUGGUGAACUUGCUUCUCGAUUCCGGGUUGAAGAUUGGAGCGGCGGGGGUUUUGGAAGAAGAGGCAGCGAACUCACAUGGCGUGGAUUCGAAGUGGACGAGUAAAGGUUGGGAUGAGUUACACGUGGCGGCGUCGUUUGAUCAAACGGAGGAGGUUUUGGACUUGGUGAGAGUGAGGGGAUCUGCUUCGUUGGAUCGCAGAGAUAAUGAGGGAAGGACUCCUCUGCAUGUGGCUGCAGCGAAGGGACAUAUCAAGUGUGCGCGGGUUUUGGUGGAAUCCGGUGCGGAUAAGGACGCUCGGAGCCGUGAUGGUCGUACGGCUUUAUAUAGAGCAGCGGCUAAUGGUGACCGUCCGAUGGUGAGGAUGCUGAUCCAAAUGGGUGCGGACCCCACUAUUCCAAAUGAUCGCGGUCGUUCUGCUCUUGAUGUUGCUCGAGACAAGGGACACAGUGAAGUGGUGGAAGUUUUGGAGAGGGGAGAGGAGGUACUAAUGGCUGCAAGACGUGGCGACGCGCCGUGCCUUGAGUUGCUAUUGAAAACCGGCGCAAUCAUAAACUACCGAGAUCAAUAUGGUCUGACAGCUCUUCACGCUGCUGCCAUGAAAGGCCACAAGGAUGUGCUUGCAAUGCUUGCUGAAUUUGGUGGGGACUUGGAUUCCCGGGACGAUGAAGGCCAUUCUCCGCUGCAUUUGGCAGUCGUAGGCGGAAGUUUAGAGGCAGUUGUCACGUUGGUAGGUAUAGGAGCUAAUAUGUAUGUUGAGAGCAAUAGCAAAGCCACGCCUCUGUACAUGGCAACAAUUAUGGGGCAACGGGAUAUUGCAGAUUUUCUCGUUAGCAAAGGAGCUUCUUCCUCCGAGCUUCCUCUUCCUACUUCAAAUCUAUGAUAGGUGGAUUCUUUUCUUUGCGAUUCUCAUAGCAAGAAUGUGAGACAGGCUUUUGGAAUAUGACAAUGCCGAUUCUUGUCGAAUCAGAAAGGGUCUUGGCAACAACCUUCCAACACAGAGAGUUCGUCAGAUUCACCAUAGCUGCAAGAAAAACAAGUACAUAUAUCUUUAUCAGCUCUCAUCUUUUUUUAGUCAACUUUCCAGUGGUAUUAAUAGUGAUGGUUAUGUAAAUAUCCCACUGAUCAAAUCAUGCAUAAAGAUAUGUUUCAGUUAACAAA